UGUAACACAGUUUAGAUCCUUCAUAAAUUAGAUCACAUUUCCCUACGCUAACUUGGAACUCGGACGCUUGAGUUGCAAUGCCGAUGUUAACGAACCUAUCUAAGAGUAGUCGCCGGCCGGUACUUCAAGGUAUGCCACGGCCCUAAUGCCCAUAAUGUCCUAAAGCACAAACAAUAAUAAGCUUAGGUGAUGGAGCGGAAAUGAUCCAUGCGCUGCUAUGAUACGCAGUAGCGAUGGCUGCGAUGGAUAAACUACCUAACCUAGAUAGACAAGACAAUCAAUCGAAGGGUGACAAAGACGACGGCGAGACUAUUCUAAUACUCUUGUACUAGUUAAAAAGAAAACCGAUUCAUUACCACCCAAGGUCUAAGGACCAAGGCCGUACAUUAACAUCUAUGAAUUACAACGAAUCGAGUUGCUUCAAUAGGACAGAGGUAUAGAGUAAAUACUUGUCCUACGCUAAGUUCGGACUGAGUACAUCCUUGUAGUGGGUUUUAUGGAGAAUAGCUUCGGUCUCGGGCGAUAAAACUGGAAGACACUCUUCUAUUCUCAUCCAACUCGAGCCUACAGAAGUUUCUAGGUGCUAAAAAAGCUAUUACUACCUACAGAUAUCAUCCAGCUUCAGCUAUAUAUAAAUCUUCCACUUGUGAUAAGGGGUUAGUAACACGAAAGUCGUGUUCCGUGAAGUAUGACCGGAGAUCCUUAUUUAGGACGCGUAAUUAUUGCUUUCGAAGGCGGAAUAACUACACGUGUGAUCACUCACCCUUCUCAUCCCAACCGAGCCUUCGCUUACGACGUGACCUUUCUUCUCCAGCAUCCACGGGUCGUCGCAGUCGCAUCGCAGAAGCCACCGCUGCAUUUCCACCCACAUCAGGAGGAAUAUCUCCAGGUGCUCGAAGGAAGUCUAGCCGUAGAAGUUGAAGGCAAGGAACGCAUUCUUGUCCCCGAAGAUGGGGAGGUUACCUUUCCUCCGUGGACAAACCACAGGCUGUACUCGCCGGUUACAAAGGAUACGGACGAGAACUUGAAGACAACGAGAUUCUUACUUUCAGCUGAGAGUACCCCUGAACUAUUCAAGCUUGAUACCGUCUUCUUCGAGAAUUGGUAUGCAUACCAAGACCAAAUUGUUGUCAAGGGCGAGAAGGUCGACUUGAUUCAGGUUAUGAGCAUGUUUGAUGCAGGUGGUUCUUACCUUUCACUCCCACGCUGGAUACCGUUCAGCAAGACGUUGGCGUAUGCUUUGGGUGUUGUAGUAGGUAGAUGGCUUGGGGGUAUUCUAGGAUAUCAGCCGUUCUAUCGUAAGUGGACAACAGAUUGGCAAUCAGCGUGCUACAAGAUGGAGAUGUCUAUCUUUCAAAGGCGGUUUGCAGAUAGAACCAAGACUAAAUAGAGGAGCACUUCUUGCUUCGCUGUACAUGUAAAAU